AGAAUAAAUCCACUAGAAAGUACAUUAAAAUUUACAUCCAAAUUGGUCACGGCUUUAAAACCAAUGGCAUAUAUCCAAAUCCAACACAUGCCAGCGUUUCAUUUUGCCAUGCCACCAUUAAGUAGGCAGACCCAAACCAAAUCUGACCCAAGCCCCACCCAUAAGCUCGACACGUGGCAAUCUCUCCAUAGAGAAAUUGUCAACCCUUCUAAAAGACGGAACAACCCAACCAAUAAAACCAACCCUUUUUACUAAUCCAACCUUUUUGGUAAAUUCACUCUCUCUCUCUAUAUAUACACACAAAAGCCCCCUUCGUUUUUCAAACCCAUCCUACUCAUCUACCCAUCAAACUUUCUUUUCUAGUCUAUUCUUCAACCAAAUGGACUGGACUAGACGCCACGUCAUCGGACACGGCUCCUCCGCCACCGUCUUCCUUGCCACGGAUUCUCCCUCCGGCGACGUUUUCGCCGUCAAAUCCGCUGAGAUUUCACACUCGCAAUCUCUACAAACUGAGCAACAGUUUCUUUCUUCUUUAGCCUCUCCGUACGUAGUUUCUUAUAAAGGGUAUGAGGUCCGUAGAGAACAGAGUGGGGUCGUGAUGUUCAAUCUUUUCAUGGAGUAUUUGCCCAACGGUUCGCUUGCCGACGUAAUUCGCCGCCGUGGAGGACGGCGGCUCGACGAGGCGGCAAUCGGAAUUUACACGCGGCAGUUACUACAAGGCCUACAGUACAUUCAUUCCAAAGGCUUGGUGCAUUGCGACAUUAAAUCCCGAAACGUUUUGAUCGGUCGAGACGGUGAGGCUAAAUUGGCCGAUUUCGGAUGCGCCAAGUGGGCGAGCCAAACAGACUCAAUUGGUGGCACGCCGCUGUUUAUGGCACCAGAAGUGGCUCGUGGGGAGCACCAAGGGCUACCCUCUGACAUUUGGUCCAUUGGGUGUUCGGUCAUCGAAAUGGCCACCGGCGGCGGCUCACCUUGGCCGAAAACAACCAGCGACUCCGACCCAAUUUCCGCUCUGUACCGAAUUGGGUAUUCCGGCGAGUCGCCGGAAAUUCCAUCCUUUUUAUCCCACAAAGCAAAGGAUUUUCUAGAGAAAUGCUUAAGAAUGAAUCCAAAUGAGAGAUGGACAGCCAAUCAGCUUCUAAAUCACCCAUUUGUGAGGGAAUUCAAUUCCUCCCCAAAGAAAAUCCAUGAAGUUCAUUCGAAUUCUCCAACGAGUAUUCUAGAACAGGGCGUUUGGAGAUCCAUUGAAGAAAGUGAAAUCAGAGAAGCCAAAUCGUGUAGACCCAAUAGUUGGGCAGCAGAGCAGAUCCGACGGCUGUGGAUGGCCUCAGGAGAGCCGAGCUGGAGAGAUGAUGAGACCUGGAUUACAAUUCGAAGACAGGACAUUGGAAAAAGCAAAGAAGUCGGUGACGAAGGCGACACGAUUGGUGGGUCAGAAGUGAAAGGCUGUAGUAAUAAUUGUUGGGGUGAGAAACAGAGAGGCGGUGGCGGCAAGGAGUGGUCUGAAACGGAAUUCACACAGAAUAACGGUGGUUUUAGCUGCAGAAUUAGUAGGAAUGAUUUGGCAGACCAUCGUUGUAAGAACAUUAUUAGUCUUGUACAUAAUAAUAAUAAUAACAAUAAUAAUAAUAAUCCUUUACCUUUUCAUACUCAUACACCUAAAUUUCUUCAUUUAAUGGCAACUAUAUUAUGAAAUUUAAUUCAAU